AUUUAAUAUAAUCUCAAUAUGUGACCAAGGAAAUGAAACAGAUAUGGAAGACGCAGCUUGGAAAAUUUUCAGUGGAGUAAAAGAUGCGUCAACUUUGGAAAGGCGGUCAUAUCGAGAGAGAAUGAAAAUUAUCGCAACAUCUUCAGAAAGUCGGUCACAAAAAUACGCAGUCAGUGAGCUUAAAUCUCAUAUUUCAAAAACAUCUUCCGUGGGAAGUCGUAUUUCGACAAUGAUUUUUGCUUACAAGGGGGGAACUCAAAUUGUUGAAGAAGUGUUCACUUUUCAAUCACUAUCAGUAACUUUACUAGAUGAAGGGGAGCAAGAACGGCAUAUCAGCAAACGCAUUCAGCAAAUACGUGAAUCUACGGUGAUCGUCGCGAUUGAGGGAAAGAACAACUUACCGGAUGAUUUGGCAAAGAUUUCUGUAAAUUUGAGUGAGCGUUCAGAAGUAGAAGGGUCAGUAGAAGAGCAGACAAUAAUCGGACCCACCGGGAAAAGCGCUCAUGAAGUCAACUUCAAUUUUAACCAAAAAAAAAACCUUAAAAGAAGUUUACUAAAUUCUUUGGCAAGUUCUAGCGCGGCCUCAUUGAAUAUAGUUGAGUUUUUAAUCGAUACUGGAGCGUUAAAAUUUAUAUUAUCUAUUCUUGGCAUUACAUUAUCAAUUUAAAAUUAUUGAUCAUGUGGA